AUGGAUUCUGAGAAACACCAUCUCAUCGAGGAUGAUACUACAACACACUCAAUGUCAUUACUAGGGUAUGUAGCCUAUUUUAUUUGCAACCUUUAAGGCCUAUGUUAGGAAAUGUUACUGUUUAAUGUUGCAUUAUCUUUCUUAAUCUCAGUUAACAGCUGUUCAGUCCAAAUUGCAGUAAUCGAUAAAUGGACAGCUCCAUUAUCAGUUUAUAGUUGAUAGAAUUAUGUGUGGUUCUGUGUGAAAGAAAUACAGCCUAGGCAUGACAUGUAUACAAAGUGCUUAGUUAUCAUUAAAUGUACCCAAGUUGCUGAUUGUCAUACAUAUUUGUAUGUUUUGUCCCGAACUUUCUUGCUGUUUUUAAUGCAAGAGAGUAAGAUUUCCAUUGUAUUUAUUAUUACAUGACCUACUGUAUAUGACAAAUCAACUUGAUCUUGGGACGUUUUCUCUCAGGCCAUUCCCUGGGUCUGAGGAAGACAAAUGUCCCAGUUCAACAGCAGAGACUGGAGACAGACCUGCUGCAGCUGACGGGUGGCAACCUGUUACUGCUACUGGUCACUGCCAUGAGAACAACAGGGUUUCGUGGACAGAGAGUCGUGAGAAGCAGCUGGCCAAGAGGAAACUCAUCAUCGCCUCUGUUGUCAGCCUGGUCUUCAUGGUUGGAGAGGUAGUCGGUAAGAUUAUGAUAAAUAAUGACACACGGAGAAGAUAAUGGAGCCAUAUAACAGAAAGAGACUAAUAGAUUUUGUAGCUUUUCCUAUUUACUGAAGUUGUAAAGUAUUACAUCUGGUGGAUAAAUUAUAUUUAGCCUCAGAACACUUUUGUGAAACGUGUGUGCGUGUGUAUUUCAUUUUCUCUAUCCCAACAGGUGGCUACGCGGCACACAGUCUGGCUAUCAUGACCGACGCAGCUCAUCUCCUCACAGACUUCGGUAGCAUCAUGGUCAGCCUCUUCUCUCUAUGGGUCUCCUCCAGACCUCCCACCAAAGCGAUGAACUUUGGCUGGCAUCGCUCAGGUUGGUUUGACUUUAUAAGAACUCAGACUGGCACCAUUUGUCAAUAUGCCUUGUGUUAAUCAGGUGAACUUUCCUGAGCAUGUUUCAGUGAGCUUCAGUACAUUCAGAAGAUACACACUCUGUGUGUAUUUGGAUAGGGAAGCAAAUAAAUUAUCCUUUGUAUUUGAACAGCAGCCUAUUUAUUCAGUGUGAGAGAGUUUACUCAUGUAGAUUUUGAUGCGGUUUUUGUACAGGGGGUGUGAAUAGUGAGUAAAUUAAUUGACACCUUAAGUAAACGUUUCUCUAAUUUCCUGGGAACAUCAAUGUGUCAACAUUGAUAUGACCAGAUAUCAUUCUCAAUAAGUCCUUCAUGGUCACGUGUGUUCUGAAAGUGGUCAUUGUGAUUAAAAGACACUAUGGAAGUUAAGUUGCUAAUUGUGUACUUCCAAUGUGGCUUGAAUGUUGGCUGUAUCACGUAUAAAUGAUAUAAUAUCAAUCCACUUCUUAUUGUCCCUAUAAUGUUCUGCAGAAAUCCUGGGUGCCUGUCUGUCAGUGCUGUCCAUCUGGGCUGUGGCAGGAGUGCUGGUGUUCAUCGCUAUCCAGAGGAUCCUUAACGAUGACUAUGAGAUCCACAGCCAGAUCAUGCUCAUUACCUCUGGCUGUGCUGUGGGGGUCAAUGUCUUGUGAGUAAAGCUUUAUUUGUCAAUUGUUUUAUUUUUUGGCAUUCGUGAUUGGUUGUGAAGGUGUGAGAGACAUAGACUAGUCCCAGAUCUGUUUGUGCUCUCUUGCCCACUACUAUGGUAAUUGCCAAACUAUAGGACUUGUCAAUACAGCAUGAACAGAUCUGGAUGAGACCUGGUCAGUUGUAGGUAAUUGGCUGCUCUUCUAACAAUAGGCUUUGUUUGUUUGUUUGUUUGUGAAGAAUGGCCCUAAUCCUCCAUCAGUCCAGUCACGGCCCCUCCUACCACCGACCCCAUGACGAUACAGUCAACCUAUCACACGGCCACUCUCACGGACUCCCUGGUGGCCAUGGCAACACCAGCGUGAGAGCAGCUUUUAUCCAUGUAGUAGGGGACCUGUUGCAGAGUCUGGGGGUACUGCUGGCUGCUACCAUUAUACACUUCUGGGUCAGUGAUGCUGUCAACUUGACUUGCCUUAUUCCUUUUAGCUCAUAGUGGAGCAAAAUGCCUUAGCGGUUAUUCUUCAGCAAACCCUGCCAUCCACAGACAAACGGUAGGAUGAGAUAUUCAUGCCGCAGAAUACGAUAACCAUACUUACUGUAGGCUAUACCUGCAACUCUGGCUAAGAUUUAGAGGAAAACAACAGCCAAUUUGAAUGUGUCAUCUCUUUUAUACCCAACAGCCUGAGUAUAAAAUAGCAGAUCCCAUUUGUACCUUCAUGUUCUCUGUGUUUGUGCUGGGAACAACUGUCACUAUCCUGAAGGACAUCUUCAGGAUACUCAUGGAAGGUGAGUACACAGGUUAUCAUCCAAACCUUGAAGUAAAUACUGUUGCCUAUGUAUCUAUCAUUCUGGCUAUGGACCUUGAAAAUGUGUAACGAAGUUAAACAAAAUAAAUCCUUAAAGGCUACAUCAUAAAAGGUUAUUGCAUGUAAUAGUUUCACUGUAUAGAAUGUUAUCAUAUGCCUCCUUAGUGUUUUUUUUCUGUGUGACUUUAUACAGGGGUUCCUAAAGGUAUCGACUUCAACACUGUGAGAGAAAUGCUGCUGUCGCUGAGAGGAGUCAAGGCCACACACAACCUCCACAUGUGGGCCCUCACCUUGAGCCAGUCACAGCUCUCUGUACAUGUGGCUAUAGGUACGCACAUGCCUACACGGACUAACACUACAAUACUGUGUCUGUACAACAUUCGGACAAGCACGCACACACACACACACCCAUCUGAAUAUUCUGUCAGUUGUCAAUCAGGAACACGUCAGUAUUGGUGGUUUGUCUUUUGCAUUGAUGUGACUAAAUAUCUCACCAAAAAUAAUAGAAUCCUAUUUUGUUCUGAAGAGGAAGAUGCCAGUCCCCAGCUGGUACUCAUGGAGGCCACCAAGCUGCUGCAGUCAGAGUUUGGUUUCUCCAGCAUCACCAUCCAGGUAGAGCAGUAUUCAGUAGAGAUGGUCUACUGCAUGCAGUGCCAGGACCCCACGGACUGACACCACUACCACCAUGGGGGUUGAGACUGAACUAUAGGGACCACUAUGGGAGAUUGACUGACUGAAUCCAUGAUGGGGUUAUUUGAGAACCCUGUACUAAAUCUAGCAUGUGCUGGCUAGCUACUCAAUUGAGAUUUAUGUUAAGUUUGUCAUGACAGACCACUAUGGGGCCAAAGACUCUGCGGACGAGAGGGCCUUCUCUAUCCUAUGAGAGUGAAGAGUUCUUCAAAGCCAAUGUCUGUACUGUAUGCCUGUUACAGUAUGCUGUGCGAGGUCACACAACUUUAUUUCAACAGGGUGUACUGUACAUUAUACACCAGGAACAUGAGGUGCUAUCACUUCAUGUUCCUCAUAUAGCACUUCUGUGGGAAAGCUCCUGUUUCGAUCAAUAUUGGUUUUUCUAGUAAGAUAACAGACAGAUAGACAAGGUCAACAGAAAGUAUCGUUGUCACAAAUAAUUAACAUGUAACACAAGGAAUGUUUUAUGUAAAAGAUCUGAUCAUAUUAAAUAAUUACAUGUAUCAUAUUUAUUUAGUUUAUGUUAUAUAACAGGUGUUGAAUAUUAACAUAAAUACUGAAACAUUUCAAUCUCAAACGUUGUUUUUUUAAGCUCAACUCAGAGGCUUACGCUGAGAGCCGAAAGCAGCUCUAAGUUGAAAGUUUUCCUAAAUGCUCUUCAGUUUGUAGACCUUUCAAUUUGUAGACCUUUCAGUUUGUAGACCUUUCAGUUGGUAGACC